CGAGGGAGAAGGCUCAGAAGAGUCGAGAAACAAGCUUCAAGCUGGCAAUAUAAUCGAAAUAUAUAAGCUAAAUCUUGAGCACCAGAAAGAUUCAAGAAGGAGAAAGCGUUAGAUCAAGUCAAGUUCCAGGUCAAGCAGGUGAACCUUCGGCUGCAAAUGAGUGUAUUGUUGACAAUUUUUGUGUUUGAAUAGCAUUGGUUGUUGUCAUGGGAUGUGGAAGCUCGAAGAGAAUCAAGCGUGUCCCCGGUUAUGAAGACCCAAAUGUUCUUGCUGCCGAAACAAUUUGUGAGUUGCAAUUCUGGUUCUUCAUUUACGGUUAGUGAGGUAGAGGCAUUGUAUGAGCUUUUUAUGAAACUAAGCAAUUCGAUAAUUGCCGAUGGGCUUAUUCACAAGGAAGAGUUCCAGCUUGCCCUCUUCAGGAACAAAAAUCAGAGGAAUCUUUUUGCGGACAGGAUUUUCGAUUUGUUUGAUAUCAAACGUAAUGGGGUCAUUGAGUUCGGGGAGUUUGUUCGAUCAUUGGGUGUCUUUCACCCCAAUGCACCUGUGGCUGACAAAAUAGCAUUUGCUUUCAGGCUUUAUGACCUAAAACGAACCGGCUUUAUCAAGCGUGAGGAGUUGAAGGAAAUGGUUUUGGCACUUUUGCAUGAAUCAGAUUUAGUUAUUUCAGAGGAUGCUGUUGAAACAAUUGUGGAUAAGACAUUCAGCGAGGCAGACACGAAAGGUGAUGGGAGAAUUGAUCCAGAAGAGUGGAAAGCAUUUGUAUCAAAAUACCCAUCUCUCAUAAAGAUCAUGACUCUCCCAUAUUUGAAGGAUAUAAGCCUUGCAUUCCCCAGCUUCGUGGUUCGGACCGAGAUCGAUGAUUCGGAACUCUAUCUCGGCGUUAAUGGAGAUUAAUAUCGGAUUUUGUCGGAAUGUUUUGUGCUAAUCUCAACCAAUUACGAAGCUUGAGGUAUAUUGCCAAUCCAAUCCUCGAAA